AUGAAAUGUUCUACUCAACCUUAAAUUAUUAUCACUCCAAACCCUAAAUAUUCAGUAACAGAAGAGGGUGAUGAAUUACCAAAUCCUAUGUUGGAUUCUAUUUUGUCACAAAAGUCUCAAGCAUCUUAUUCUGGUCUUGGAAAAUGCUUGAAAUUGAAAUUAAAUUCAAAUAGAAGCGAUUAAAGAAAUUCUCCAAAUAAACUGCUAUAGAUUAGAAGAGUACCUUCUGAAUCCAAAAAAGAAUCAUAUAAAAAACAAUAUAAGUAAAUGGACAGUUUGUUGCCAUUGUUAAAAUUAGUUUAGUUGAACUAAAAAUAAAAUAAAACUGAAUGUUAUAAUGGAGAAGAAGUGACAAUAGAUUAGAAGAUUUACUUUAUAAAAACAAAUGAGAUUUUAAACAUUUUUCAAAAAGCUGCUGAUGGAUUCACAAUAUCAUAUGAAGAGGUAGAAAAUUGUUAAGAGGAACAGAUGAAACAAAGUGUUUCUGUAUCAGAAAAAAUGAUAAAAUCUAUGAAAGCAAUUAAAACAUUUCAGAAAGCCAAGAAUAAAAUCAGAUCUUUUAUCUUAGUUUCUGAUGUUUCUAAAUAUACUGAUGAAGAGAUUAAGCGUAAAUAACAAGCAGAUAAAAUGAAUUUAUUCUUUAGUGAUAAUACAUUUAUUUAAAAAAGUGAUCAUCAAUUAGGAGAGUAAAUAAUAAAGACUAAAUCUCCAUCUCCAUAGAAAUAUUAGAUAGGUGAAUCAUAGUAUUUUUAAGAAGAAAAGAUCAUACAUUAAAAUAAUAAAGCACCAAGAAGAUUGUUUCACUUUAUUUAGUUUUCGAAAACAAUUUUAAUAAAUACGUCAUUUGUAGUUGGGAUAUUUUUACUAAUUUUAUUAUUGGCAUAUAUUAAAACCAUAAAUAAUUACCCAACUCAAAUGGAAGAUUUGUGA